GCGGAAGGUAUAAAUGUUCCUGGGACUUUCUGGCGAUGCAGUGAGUUUUGUUACCGUGUGUGUUAGGAAGAGGAAGCGCGUGCGUGCGAGCAAGAGAGAGAAUGAUAAUUUAUUAAAGAAAAUAGUUUAAAGUAACUUAUUUUGCACUUUAUAAUUUUCAAGGCAGCUUUGAGGACUCGACACUCCGGGAGGUAAACCGACUGUCACCAUGGUUGCCACCAGCACAUUAAAGACCAAAAGCAGUGAUUGUGUGUCUGAGUUGGUUGAACGAAGAUAUGACCAGGUUUGCAUAGAAAAAGAGCUGGAUUUCUGGGAUCACUGCCUGGCUGAGCCACAGAGGACGCCGGACGUCACAGAGGACAGAACCUGUCACCAGCUGGCCAAAAUGUUUGAAAGCUGCCUGUCCCGUGCGAAGAAAACCACGCUGCACUGCUCCUUCGUGCUGGUUCCAGAGAAGCUGACGCGGAGGAUAGCCCGCGAGGUCCUGCGCCUGGCUUCCUGCGAGCCCUGCGGCCUGCGGGGCUGUGUCCUCUACGUCCACCUGGAGGUGGAGAAGGGCUGCAAGCAGCUGGAGAGAAUCGCCUACGACGCCACGGUGGUGCCCACCUUCGAGCUGACGCUGGUGUUCAAGCAGGACGGCACGGCCUGGCCCAGCUUGAGGGACUUCCUCUUCAUGGGGUCGUGCUUCGCCCCGACUUUCAGACAUGUGCUGAAGCUGAGCCCGGGCUUCCGGAUAGUCAAGAAAAAGCUGUACUCCUCCUCGGCUGGUACCGUGAUUGAGGAGUGCUGAACUUUGUGGGGGUGGAUGGAGUGACACCCCGCCCCCAUGGCGGUGCUACAUUUCCUAGUGUUUUUGUAAAACAAUUUCAGUUCAGCUUGAUUUAAAAUGUAAAAUUUUCAUUUUAUUUGAGCAUCUAUUGUUCAAGCACUUUUAAUUUUCUUUUUUUUUUUUCUCAAAUGAAUGUUACCUGUUCACAUCAACAUGUUAGAGGGGGGGCGUACUUUGGGAACACUUUUUUGCUAACGACACUAGCCACUUUGUUAAUGCGUCUGCGUGUUUCCAGAUGCAUUGAAUGUUCGCUUUAAGGGCUGCAGAGUUUUUAAGCUUCAUGGAUGAUGCUGCUGUCAUGGUGUGGGCUGCUCACACUCGCCUUAAAUGUCCUGGACAUGUACGUUCACUUGGAUUGCAGCCACUUUGUGUGAAUGUUUUACUGUUUUAUACCGCCUCCCCCAGAAACCUUUACCGUGCGAAGACCUUUAUUUAUAAUUAAACGUCUGGUUCAAGCAAACCA